UUACGUCCGCCCCCACCGCCAUUUUCCAUGUUAUUCUGUUUUGGCAAGACUGUUUCAUUUUAGUUGAAUGCAACCGUUUAUCUUUUAAAUUUUGAUUUAUAAGAUUACCGGCAUCUCGACUUCGGUGGAGAGGGGUUCAAUCUCCGACUUUUUCAAAGGAGACGCCCUGUUUAAGCAGCCAUGUAUAUCAAACAGGUGAUUAUUCAAGGGUUCCGAAGUUACAGGGACCAAACUGUUGUUGAUCCAUUCAGCCCGAAGCACAAUGUCAUCGUUGGAAGAAAUGGGUCUGGAAAAAGUAACUUUUUCUACGCCAUCCAGUUCGUCCUCAGUGAUGAGUUCAGUCACCUGCGGCCUGAACAGCGCCUGGCCCUUCUCCAUGAAGGAACUGGUCCACGUGUCAUUUCAGCUUUUGUGGAAAUUAUUUUUGACAACUCUGAUAAUCGGCUGCCGAUUGACAAAGAGGAAGUCUCUCUUCGCCGUGUCAUUGGUGCAAAGAAGGACCAGUAUUUCUUGGACAAGAAGAUGGUGACUAAGAAUGACGUCAUGAACCUUCUGGAAAGCGCCGGCUUCUCUCGCAGUAACCCAUAUUACAUAGUCAAGCAGGGAAAGAUUAAUCAGAUGGCCACAGCACCCGAUUCCCAGCGGCUGAAGCUUCUGAGAGAGGUGGCGGGAACACGAGUGUAUGACGAACGAAAGGAGGAGAGCAUUUCUCUGAUGAAGGAAACAGAGGGCAAGCGAGAAAAGAUUAAUGAGUUGCUGAAGUACAUUGAGGAGCGUCUUCACACUCUGGAAGAUGAGAAAGAAGAGCUGGCUCAGUACCAGAAGUGGGACAAGAUGAGGAGGGCUCUGGAGUACACCAUUUACAACCAGGAGCUGAAUGAAACCCGCGCCAAACUGGACGAGGUGACCACAAAGAGAGAGACCUGUGGAGACAAAUCCAGACAGCUGCGCGACGCCCAGCAAGAUGCCAGAGACAAAGUGGAGGAAACAGAGCGUGUUGUGCGGGAGCUGAAGUCCAAGAUUUCUGCUAUGAAGGAGGAGCGAGAGCAACUGUCGGCAGAGCGCCAGGAGCAGAUCAAGCAGAGGACCAAACUGGAGCUGAAGGCCAAAGACCUGCAGGACGAGCUGGCAGGAAACAGCGAACAGAGGAAACGUCUGCUGAAGGAGCGUCAAAAGCUGCUGGAAAAAAUCGAAGAGAAGCAGAAAGAACUGCAGGAGACUGAACCUAAAUUCAACAUGGUGAAGGAGAAGGAGGAGCGGGGCAUUUCCAGACUUGCCCAGGCCACACAGGAGAGGACGGACCUCUAUGCCAAGCAGGGCCGCGGCAGUCAGUUCACCUCCAAGGAGGAGAGAGACAAGUGGAUCAAGAAGGAGCUCAAGUCCCUGGACCAGGCCAUCAAUGAUAAAAAGAGGCAGAUUGCAGCCAUCCACAAAGACCUGGAGGAUACAGAGGCGAACAAAGAGAAGAACCUUGAGCAGUAUAAUAAACUGGAUCAAGAUUUAAAUGAGGUUAAAACGCGCGUUGAGGAGCUGGACAAGAAGUAUUACGAGGUGAAAAACAAGAAGGAUGAACUCCAGAGUGAAAGAAACUACCUGUGGCGUGAGGAGAAUGCAGAGCAGCAGGCCCUGGCAGCCAAACGAGAGGAUCUGGAGAAGAAGCAGCAGCUCCUUCGAGCGGCCACUGGCAAGGCCAUUCUGAACGGCAUUGACAGCAUCAAUAAAGUCCUGGAACACUUUCGGAGGAAGGGCAUCAACCAGCAUGUCAUCAACGGUUACCAUGGCAUUGUCAUGAACAACUUUGAGUGUGAACCUGCUUUCUACACUUGUGUGGAGGUGACUGCUGGAACAAGGUUAUUUUACCACAUUGUAGAGACUGAUGAAGUCAGCACCAAAAUACUGAUGGAGUUCAACAAAAUGAACUUGCCUGGAGAAGUGACGUUCCUUCCACUGAGCAAGCUGGACGUCAGGGACACGGCCUACCCUGAAACCAAUGAUGCCAUCCCCAUGAUUAGCAAGCUGCGCUACAGCCCAAACUUUGACAAGGCCUUCAAGCAUGUGUUUGGAAAGACCUUAAUUUGUCGCAGCAUGGAAGUGUCCACCCAGCUGGCUCGAGCUUUCACCAUGGACUGCAUCACUCUGGAGGGUGAUCAGGUCAGUCACAGAGGCGCUCUGACUGGAGGCUACUACGAUACUAGAAAGUCUCGCCUGGAGCUCCAGAAAGACAUGAGGAAGGCUGAGGAGGAGCUGACGGAGCUGGAGGCCAAGCUCAACGAAAACCUGCGCAGGAACAUCGAACGCAUCAACAAUGAGAUCGAUCAGCUGAUGAAUCAGAUGCAGCAGAUUGAGACCCAGCAGAGGAAGUUUAAGGCAUCCAGAGACAGUAUUCUGUCUGAAAUGAAGAUGCUGAAGGAGAAGAGGCAGCAGUCGGAGAAGACGUUUAUGCCCAAGCAACGCAGUCUCCAAAGUCUGGAGGCCAGCCUCCAUGCUAUGGAGUCCACCAGGGAGUCCCUGAAGGCUGAACUUGGUACAGAUCUGCUCUCUCAGCUCAGUCUUGAGGACCAGAGGCGUGUCGAUGACCUGAACGAUGAGAUCCGACAGUUACAGCAGGACAACAGACAACUUCUGAAUGAGAGGAUCAAGUUGGAGGGGAUCAUGACACGGGUGGAGACCUACCUAAACGAGAACUUACGGAAGAGGCUGGAUCAAGUGGAGCAGGAGCUGAAUGAGCUGCGGGAGACGGAGGGAGGAACGGUGCUCACGGCCACCACAUCGGAGCUCGACGGCAUCAACAAACGGGUCAAAGAAACUCUGGCUCGAUCAGAAGAUCUGGACUCUUUAAUUGACAAGACGGAAGCAGAGAUCAAGGAUCACAUCAAGAGCAUGGAGCGAUGGAAGAACAUUGAGAAGGAGCAGAAUGACGCCAUCAACCACGACACCAAAGAGCUGGAGAAGAUGACCAACCGGCAGGGCAUGCUGCUGAAGAAGAAGGAGGAGUGCAUGAAGAAGAUCCGAGAGCUGGGCUCGCUGCCUCAGGAGGCCUUUGAGAAGUACCAGACCCUCACACUCAAACAGGUGUCCUUCACCGGGAAGCAGGGAGAGAUGAGGGAGAUGCAGCAGCUGUCUGGAGGACAGAAGUCUCUGGUGGCUUUGGCCCUGAUAUUUGCCAUCCAGAAGUGUGACCCCGCCCCCUUCUACCUGUUUGAUGAAAUCGACCAGGCACUUGACGCUCAGCACAGAAAAGCCGUCUCAGACAUGAUCGUGGAGCUGGCGGGUCACGCUCAGUUCAUCACCACCACCUUCAGGCCUGAGCUGUUGGAGUCUGCCGACAAGUUCUAUGGAGUCAAGUUCAGGAACAAGGUGAGUCACAUCGAUGUGAUCACAGCGGAGCAGGCUAAAGACUUUGUGGAGGACGACACCACCCAUGGUUAACGCUCCUCCGUCUCGUCGUCUUCCAUCGUAGCGCAGCUUCAAGUCUGAGCGGACCGACGCGUCUCUGUCCGCUGCUGCGGUAAAGGACUAACAACCGCAAACAUUUCCCACACAACACCUGACAUUCUGUACAGUAUUGAGCUGACGGCUGGCAUGAAAGACAUAAAAAAGAAUGUAGUCACUGAGGCAUGUUCUGGGUUUCAGAGGUUCAUGCUCCGCUUUAUGAUCAGUUACUGAGUUAAAGACCUUACACACACGUGAAAACAAGCGGAGUGAGGUUUUUCUGAGCAGAGGAAACCUCCCCAGCAGCUCUAGUUCAGAUGAGGCGUUUGGGUGGAAAAGCACUCCAGCUCUGUGGGGUGGAGACACUGUUCACAGGUUCAUGGUUCUUUUUUGUGGUUGUAGUGUGUAACUGUUUUAAAGACCUCUGAAUACACAAAAACCAGCAGAUGAUUGGUUUUCAGCAUCCUCUCCUCUCAAGGUCAAGAGGUCACUUCUUUUCUGUUUCUUUCUUGGAAAAGUCUUUGGGAUCAAAACCCUUUUUGUUCUUAUAUUCCAACCAUUUUUAUGUCUUUGUUUAUGUAUCUAGAAAAUAAGAAUAAAACCGUUGAAACAAAA